UUUGACCAGCAUGCGUUCAUUAGGCGUUCUAGGUGUAGCGCUACAUGCCUCUCUGCUCAUACUGCUGACUCAAGGAAUUCACAAAUCUAGAGAUGGAGUUUAUCACGGAACAUCACGACGCUUUGCUAUAGACUACCGUCCACCUGGAUUCCAUCACCUGGCACCGAAGUAUAUGAUGCACCUUUACCGGAAUUACAAGUCAAAUCUCACUCGGCCUAUCGACGUAAUGGAGAAGGCCAUCGCAAAACAAGCAGACACAGUCAAGAGUGUGAUGGCAAAAAGUUUAUUUCACAGACCCCGGCGCUGGACUGCAACCUUUGACCUGACCACCUUAUUGGCCGACGAACGGAUCCAAGCAGCGGAGCUCAGGUUCAGGUUUCCCCGGGCGACGAGGGCUUCCAACAUUACCGUGGAGAUCUACCAUCACCACGACUACCCGUGCAGGCAGACACAGGGGAUCUGCCAGGAACACCAGCUGGUGGGAUAUUUCUCCGUCUCCUCUGUGAUUAACUCCUCUCAGCACUGGAAGGUAUACAACCUUACUGGUCCGCUGUUGAACUGGCUCGGCCAGGAACACAUUUCCAGGAGCUUAAUGAAGAGGAGAUCAUCAAACAUGACAAAGAGAGAUGUGUACUUCCCCAACCCUGUCCAGUUGGCUGGGUCUACAACACAGCAGAACCCUGUCCAGUUGGCUGGGUCUACAACACAGCAGAACCCUGUCCAGUUAACUGUGUCUAAAACACGACAGAAUCCUGUCCAGUUGGCUGUGUCUAGAACAAGGCAGAACCCUGUCCAGUUGGCUGUGUCUCGAACACAGCAGAACCCUGUCCAGUUGGCUGGGUCUACAACACAGCAGAACCCUGUCCAGUUAACUGUGUCUAAAACACGACAGAAUCCUGUCCAGUUGGCUGUGUCUAGAACAAGGCAGAACCCUGUCCAGUUGGCUGUGUCUCGAACACGGCAGAACCCUGUCCAGUUGGCUGUGUCUAGAACACGGCAGAGUCAGUGUGUGAGUGACAGAGCCUUACUGGUUGUAUUCUCUCAUACAGGGACAGAGGAGGGCUCCCAGGCCAAAGCCAGUCUCCUCCACACGGCCGAACAGUCCAAGUUCCUGUCCACCACCGAGUCCAAGAAGUUCCGCAGGCCGAAGAGACACAGGAAAAAAAGGGGCCACUCAGGCCAGAGGGAACCGCCAGACAUGAGGGGUCCAGAGGUGUCUAACGGAAACAUCGAGAUUGACCCGUCUCUCUGUCGAAGAGUUGAAAUGCAUGUAGACUUCAAUCAGAUAGGCUGGGGGUCCUGGAUCGUCUUCCCAAAGAAGUAUAAUGCCUAUCGAUGUGAGGGGGUCUGUCCAAGUCCUUUGGGAGAAGACUUGAACCCAACUAAUCAUGCUUACAUGCAGAGUCUCCUAAAACACUACCACCCUGAGCGGGUUCCCUCGGCGUGCUGCGCCCCCACCAAGAUGAGUCCUCUAAGCAUGCUGUAUUAUGAGAAUGGAGAAAUGCUGCUUCGCCAUCACGAGGAUAUGGUUGUGGAUGAAUGUGGCUGCCUGUAGCCUCUGUCACAGGCUUGAACCCGACCUUCAGUAAAGAAAUGACCGGAGCAAAGCCUGGGGCCGUCUUCUCACAACCGCUUGAGAUGGAGACGAGGCUACCACUCGUCUCCUUCGGACACACGCAACAGAGAGUUCCGGAAACAUUCGAGUGGAAUUUCACUGACAGAACUAUUAUCCAAGAGUCUGUAUCAGAUGGUCGAAAACAAUAAGAAAACACUUGGUGUU